GGGCGCUAGGGCUUAAGUCGUAUUUGUAUUGGCAGCUUAACCCCUCCGUAAACCCUAGUAUAGCUGGAAAGAAGCAGUUGCUUUGCCGCUCUGAAUCGAAAUUCCUCAGUUCAGUCGCUGCCGUCGUCUCGUCGUUUUACUCCAGAAGAAUGAGGAAGAAAGUGGACGAGCGAAUCAGAACUUUAAUUGAAAAUGGCGUCAGAACAAGGCAUAGGUCUAUGUUCAUCAUCAUUGGCGACAAGUCCCGUGACCAGAUUGUAAAUCUACACUACAUGCUUAGCAAGGCACAGAUUAAGUCCAGGCCAACUGUGUUAUGGUGUUACAAGGACAAGCUUGAACUAAGCAGUCACAAGAAAAAGCGUAGCAAACAGAUUAAAAAAUUGGUGCAGAGGGGUCUCUAUGAUCCGGAGAAAGGUGAUUCGUUUGAAUUGUUUGUGGCAAGUGGGGGAUUAACUUAUUGUUUAUACAAGGAUUCAGAAAGAGUUCUUGGCAAUACCUUUGGCAUGUGCGUGCUUCAGGAUUUUGAGGCGUUGACACCUAAUCUCCUAGCAAGAACAAUAGAGACAGUGGAGGGAGGAGGGCUGGUUGUUUUGCUGCUUCGUUCUCUAUCCUCGCUGACCAGACUGUACACCAUGGUGAUGGAUGUCCAUGAUAGAUUUCGAACUGAAUCCCAUUCCGAGGCUGCUGGGCGCUUUAAUGAACGGUUCUUAUUAUCACUUGCUUCUUGCAAGGCAUGUGUGGUCAUGGAUGAUGAACUGAAUAUAUUACCAAUUUCAUCUCACAUAAGGUCUAUUACCCCAGUUCCUGUUAAAGAGGACUCUGACGAACUCUCAGAAGCAGAACAGGACCUGAAGAACCUUAAAGAACAACUAAAUGAAGAUUUCCCUGUAGGGCCAUUGAUUAAGAAGUGUUGCACAUUGGACCAGGGAAAAGCUGUCGUGACAUUUCUGGAUGCAAUUUUGGACAAGACACUUCGUAGUACUGUUGCAUUAUUGGCUGCUCGUGGUCGUGGGAAAUCAGCUGCUCUUGGUUUAUCAGUUGCUGGAGCUAUAGCUGUUGGGUAUUCAAAUAUCUUUGUGACUGCACCCAGCCCUGAGAAUUUGAAAACCUUGUUUGACUUUAUAUGCGAAGGUUUUGAUGCUCUUGACUACAAGGAACAUAUUGAUUUUGAUGUGGUGAAAAGUGCGAAUCCUGAGUUCAAGAAAGCUACUGUAAGGAUCAAUAUUUACAAGCACCACAGACAGACAAUUCAGUAUAUACUGCCACAUGAGCAUGAAAAGCUUUCACAAGUUGAACUGUUGGUUGUUGAUGAAGCAGCUGCUAUUCCACUGCCAGUGGUGAAGUCUUUGCUGGGCCCAUAUCUGGUCUUCCUGUCUUCUACUGUUAAUGGUUAUGAAGGCACUGGACGCUCUUUAUCACUAAAACUUUUGCAGCAGUUGGAAGAGCAAAGCCAUGUGUCUGCUAAGAGCACAAAGGACACUGGUCGUCUGUUUAAGAAAAUAGAAUUGAGUGAAUCUAUCAGAUAUGCUUCUGGGGAUCCUGUUGAAAGCUGGCUUAACUCUCUACUUUGCUUAGAUGUUUCAAACGCCAUCCCUAAUAUUAGCAGGUUACCUCCACCCAGUGAGUGCGAUUUAUACUAUGUUAAUCGGGAUACGCUCUUCUCCUAUCACAGAGAUAGUGAAUUAUUUUUGCAGCGAAUGAUGGCCUUAUAUGUUGCAUCUCAUUACAAGAAUUCUCCAAAUGAUUUGCAAUUGAUGGCGGAUGCUCCAGCACACCACUUAUUUGUACUGCUUGGACCUGUUGAUGAAUCAAAGAAUCAACUUCCUGAUAUUUUGUGCGUCAUCCAGGUUUCCCUUGAGGGGCAGAUUUCUCGUAAGUCAGCAAUCCAAAGUUUGACUGAUGGUCAUCAACCUUUUGGAGAUCAAAUUCCAUGGAAAUUCUGUGAGCAAUUCCGAGAUACAGUUUUUCCCUCACUUUCAGGUGCUCGUAUUGUACGCAUAGCGGCACACCCAAGUGCCAUGAGGCUUGGAUAUGGUUCACAAGCAGUUGAACUUUUAAUUCGCUACUAUGAAGGACAAAUUACUCGUAUUUCUGAGAUUAAUGUUGAAGAUAAAGUACAGGCUCCACGACUUAGAGUUACAGAAGCUGCAGAGAAAGUUUCACUACUUGAAGAAAAUAUAAAACCUAGAACAGAUCUUCCUCAUUUGCUAGUACAUCUGCGUGAAAGGCAGCCAGAGAAGCUCCAUUACAUUGGUGUCUCCUUUGGGCUAACUUUGGACCUUUUACGCUUUUGGAGGAAACAUAAAUUUGCUCCUUUCUACAUUGGCCAGAUUCCAAAUACUGUGACUGGUGAGCAUACAUGCAUGAUCCUGAAACCCCUAAACAAUGAUGAAAUUGAAGCUGAUGGAUCAAAUCAGCUGGGCUUUUUUAGUCCAUUUUACCAAGAUUUUAGACAACGAUUUGCUAAACUUCUUGCUUCCACUUUUCGUGGCAUGGAAUACAAGCUUGCUUUGAGCAUAAUAGAUCCCAAAAUCAAUUUCAAGUGCCAAGACCCUACGGAGACCUCGUCUGAUAAAUGUCUGCAGUCGGUCAGAGGUUAUUUAUCCCCACAUGAUAUGAAGCGAUUAGAGGCAUAUGUUGACAACCUGGCUGACUUUCAUCUGAUUUUAGAUUUGGUUCCAACCCUUGCACAUCUGUACUUCCAAGAAAAGCUCCCAGUUACAUUGUCGUAUGCUCAAGCUUCUGUGUUACUCUGCAUUGGUCUGCAGAAUCAGAACAUUUCAUACAUUGAGGGACAAACGAAUUUGGAAAGGCAAACAAUAUUGUCUCUAUUUAUAAAGGUUAUGAAGAAGUUCUACAAAUAUCUAGAUGGCCUUGCAUCCAAGGAGAUUCAAUCAACCUUGCCAAGACUGAGAGAAAUUGUCAUGGAACCUCAUAGUGUCGCUCUGGAGGAAGAUCUCAAUAGUGCAGCUAAACAAGUUGAGGAUGACAUGAAAUCAAAAGCAGAAGCACCCUUUACUCCCGAAUUGCUCCAGCAGUAUGCCAUUGAAGAUGGAGAAUCUGGUUUUGAGACUGUUUUACAAAAUAAUGGUGGAAAAAUACCCACAGGUGGUCUUAUUAGCGUGAAAUCCAGCAAAGUGCUGCAUGAAAAGGAGAAGGGAAGCCAUAAGAGUGACAAAAAGCGGAGUAAAGAUAACCACAACCAUAAAUCAAGCAAAAGGAAAACAUUGUUGGAUUGACCAUGGGAAGAACCACCCAAGAUAAAACUAUGAUUAUUUCAGGGAUUGUUGGUCCUUGAGUCAGAACAGCAAUAUAAGAGCAAAGUGAACGGCCAAAUUGAAGGGGAUCGGAAUCCACCGACAAGAAGCUCGGUUCAUAUUCUUCAUAAAUUUCAAGUGCAGGAUUCUGUAUUAUUGCUGCUAUACUUUAAUUUAUUUUGUUUUUAUUUUUUUUAAUGGGAAUUAGUGGGCAACAUUAGUAUAAAUGAGACGGCUGCAGAGAAAUAUGUCAAUAUGAUAUAAUUUUACCAGCCUUUUUUGGCGGCUUAAACGGAUAGUAUAUAUAUGCGUUUUUCCAGGAAAACAUAUAUUGUAAGAGACUGAUCUGACGGUCUUGUGAUCAAUGAUACGAUACUAGUGAGGUGUUGCGCCUGACAUUAA